AUGUCGUAUUUCUUGAAUUCUAUUCGAAAGGAGCUUAACGGCAUUAAAUCUGUCGGAGGCUGGAAGGCUGCCUGGUACCUGCUACUGAGGGAGUGCUACGUUCGCUAUGGAAGUCUUGUAGGAACUGAUAAAUACGGUAACAAGUACUACGAGAAUAACAGCUUCUUUUUUUCAAGACAUCGUUACGUGCACUACCCUUACGUCGACCGCUUUACUUAUGAUGCGAGCCAAGUUCCAUCGGAGUGGCACCGUUGGCUGCACUACAUAACGGAUGAUCCUCCCACGAAAGUUCCUCCUCCCCAACGAAAGUUCACUCUGUCUCACAAGGACAACAAAACUGGAACUAAGAUGGAGUACGUUCCUUUUAGCACUACUCGUCCAAAGAUUGAGGAAUGGGUGCCACCCAAGGGAAAUUAA